AUUAUUUUCAUUGUUUUCGUGUUUCGGUAAUGAAUGUUGUACACGCAGCAAGGGAAAAAAAAAUCCAAAUCGAGCUCAACACCGGAGGUUACUGCAAACAAAAAUGAUCCAAAAACAAAUCGGGAGGUUGCAAGAAGCCUAGUCAAUUGCGAUAAUUAUGCGAGUUUCAGACCAUGAUUUUGUAGAGAAUUUGAAGUUUUUUUUUGUAGCAUUUGGAACCAUAGUGCGCAGCCGCACCUGCAGAGAAUCUGACAUGUUCAUCAAUUUAUCAACAUCACUACAGGUCCCGAAAUUUGCUCUACCCUCUCCCUCCAGAACUACACCACAAAUCAUUCUAUCCAUUCGAUAUAAUACUGCUACACGACUUCCCCGCCAUAAUUUUUUCAAGACUGCUGUUGUGGACCACCUAAGCGUCAAAAUCUUUUUUUUGCCCAAUCAAUAAUUAGAGCCGCAAGAGGAGCAGCCUGCCGCGGUGCAGUAAAAGAACGAAGGCAUGAUAGUAGUUGCAGUUUUUUAGGCAAACAAGAGUAAAAAUUGAAGACUGUCGCUGAAGAUAAAGUAAAUUUUUGCUCACAUAAUUAUAUUGUUUGACGUUGUGUUUGAUUGUCAUAUCAAGUAGCUGCGCCUUGCUGUAGUACAGUAAAAAAACCUACCAAAAAUGACGAAUACCACCUACCGCCGUUCCCGGAGAUCGUCGCGGUUACGAAGUCGGAAAGUACUCGAACAGCGUUCUUCUCCCGCUCUUCACGGAAGGACGACAACCAAGCGGCGGAGAAGUACUAGCCGGAUCAACAAACGUAGGGAAAAGGAAAGUAAAAACUACUUCGAACCUGCUAGAAGUUGUACAACUCGACGUCCAGGCGGCGACAUGAAGGAGAUGAAGCAGCAGCAGCAGAAACAAGGUGCAUCUACAUCCUGUAGUACAGCUGGCGCGAGUUGUUCUAAUCCACCCACGACAUCCUCGAGCGAGCACGAUAAUCAUAGCAGGAGUCGCACGUCUACCGUGAUACGAAGAGGGCGCGACAAAGGAAAAUCUUCGAAUUAUACUACUAGCGGGAGAGUAGAACUACUAGUACCGGCUGCAAAUAAAAACCAGAAUAGCCUCGUGGUCCACUACCCCGGUACACGAGAUGAUUCUGAAGGUCAGGAAGAACAUCUACCCAACAAGUUCUUAUACAAGAACUUCACCGACGUCCAGUCCCCCGCGGGCGUCCUCGCCUACCACCGGCAAAAGGCUGCUGCCGCCAAGGAUGCGUCGCCGCUGCUGGUGGUCCCGAGAUGUGAGGACGACAAAAAUCAACAUCAUCAAGCAAAUUUCUAUCGCACGGAGGAGUAUCGGCAGAGUGUGUUCAACGUUUUGAUGCCCAAGACGAUAUCAACCAGUGCGACGACGUCGCAGCAAAGGACUGAACCCAGCAAGAACACCGGAACCGAAACCAGUAGUAAUCCGACGGUGAUUUUCCUGAUGGGGUUGCCCGGUGCCGGGAAGAGCACGUUCAAGGAGAAAUUGUUCUUUCGGAGUUGCAGUGGGGAAAAGGAAGAUGAGAAUCAAACUCCCCAAGUACUAGAACAGCCAAAAAUGAAGCAGCUCCUCGACCUCGAUGACUUUGUCCAGGAUGAACCUCCACUGCUCAACAAUGUUGGCACAUCAACUACAACUCUUGACGCUGACCGCGUCAUGGAUUUAUUCGAGCAGGAAGUGAUGCACAACUUACGGAACAAUAUUAAAGUGGAAAAUAACAUCAAAAUUCCGGUGCUAGAGCAGCUACAAAGCAACAAUUCUUUCCUGAACCUCGAGCCAGACCGGCUGAAAAAGCAUUUACGGGACAGACUGGCUCUGCAGAAGAAACAAGCGAAGUUAUUUCGGAAAGAACAGCGGAAAAGGCGGGGACGUAGCAGAGCACAAGGAACUAGUGAUGCUCGCAAAAACAGGUCCUCGUCCCGUUCCUGCGCCAGAUCUAAAGGAGCUGCUUCCCGAUCACCCCGAUCGCGCAGUCGGGAGGAACGGCGGAAUAACAACUCCUCCUGCAGCAGUUCGUCCCGUGGUAAAAAAACGAGAGGCGGCGGUCGUAGAGAUGAUGAUGUAGAAGACGAUUUUCACUCCGCAAGCGACCACGACGAACUCGACGAUGCCGACCUUGGGAACAUCCACAGCCUGUCCGUGCGGGCUUCCGUCGGGCUAUUCGAGCAGCUACUGGAGGAGAGGGUAAAUUUCGUUUACGACGUGUGCGGCGAUAACUGGGGGUAUAAUUAUUUUUGAAUGUGUAGUCUUUUGGCAUGCAUAACCAUAAUCUACUCAAUCUGCCUAAUGGAAGGCGCUCGAAAAUAAAUCUGAUGUCCUUUUGAUCACAUACAUAAUUUUUCCCACCUAUCAGUCCUCUCCCACAACCCAACCGCCUCCGCUCGCUGCAGCAGUCCAUUCGCCGGGCCGGCCGGGCCUGCUCGAUUGACUAACUAAGAUGGGCGAAGGCUGCAGCUGCGGGUUUCGACUAGCGGGUUAAUCUAGUUUGCUGUAAUGUAAUUGUCACAUUUAUCUAUGAGGGAGAACUACCACAUGCAAGAUACUAAACAAGCAAGAAUGAAUGCCAAAUAUUUCGUCCGGUUUCUCAUGUAGAAGAAGCAAAACAUGGUUUAUUUUUUUGUCCCCAAGUCUCAACAACAAACGCAAACCACACAAUAAUAUCGAUCACAGGUGGAUGCUGGACCGCAUCGAGCACGCCAAGCACUUAAACUACCACAUCGACUUGAUUUUCGUAGACACUCCGGUUGAGGUCUGUCUGUACCGGAACCGGCUGCGGAAGUGCGGCUACAGCUACCAGGACAUCACCAACCACUGGCGCAACCAGUACGACAAAUUUGACGACGUCAGAUCCGAGAAGUCUCGAUUCGAAAAGUUCAAGGAAUACAAUGAGGGCUGUGGGGCGGACGAGAUCUGUUUGUUGAACAAGGAAGAUUUGGGAAAGUACAGCUACCGGUGGACGGAAAGGAACUACCUGAACGGGUUGGAACAUUUGAAGGUACAGGACAAAAUGCUCGAGCAGAAGGAGAAACUUCGGGACCAGAAGGAGAACAUUCUGAGGGUAGUACAGCAGCAUCACAGCAGUGACGGUGGCAAGAACCACACUUCAUCUGGCGGUUCGAUUUUGAGCACAACAACCUCGGCGAACUCCAGUCCGACCGACAAUCCGGAAGAACAAGUAGACUGUAUUAAUCAGGAGGUGACAAAGAAGAUGCGGAACAUCAAUUGUUCAUCAUCCUCCAAACGAAGAACGCCGGAGCGCAACUUCGUCCCAGAGGAUAUCAUUCUCGAAAAAGCGGAGUACAUACUAGAAAGUUUCCAGAAACUUUGCCAAGCUAGUGAACAAGCGGGAAAGAAGAACUUUUUGUUCCGUGCGGUCGUGUGGGUGCCGUAUGAGGAGGUGGUUUUAUUGGCGCAAGAACACGACAUAGAGCAGCAGCAGGAAAAAAUUAUCGCGCAGACCGACGAAGAUGGGGGAAAACAAACCAAAAUCAAAGCCAAAACCCGACCUAACAUCAACGUCAACCUGCAGCAGGAGUACCACCGGGCGAAACUCGAUCAGUACUUGUAUCCCAGUCCGCGGAUCGAAACCGCGCUCUUUACCGACAAGCUGUAUGGGCUUCCCCCAAGCGGCACGAACUUGGAUUACGACAAAAUGAUAUACGCAACGGCUGACGGCGCGGGAGAUCAUGAUGGUCGUGCUGACACGGAGAUGUUGAGCAGGACCAGCGCAACUACAUGCCUCGACGGAACAACCAACACCAACCAAUCCCGUGCGCAGCAACUCCAACUUCUCUUCCCCAGAGUUCUCCGUCUAAACCAUUGGAAACGGGACGAAAAAGUUUACAAGGCGAAGCAGGACCGCAUGAGGUGGAUGGAUGAUGAAAACGGGAAGAAAUCCAGGGAGGACGUGAUCGUCGAGGAGCUGUUUUCUUACCACAGACUUCUGAAGCACAACAAAUUGGUGAAAACCCGCAUGAUCUACGAUUUGAACAACGGGUUUACCUCCGGACCGAUGUACGUGUUGGAAAAAAACAUGUUCCCCUACUUGAUGCCGCGGAACGUAGAGCACUGGACUUUGUGGAAGUAUGAUCCGUAUUGCGACGCUCUCGACCGAUUCGGGUCAAUCUGCGACAACACGACACCGGACAUGUGCCACCAGGAGAUCUGUGACGUCAUCCGGGAGUGGCUCUUCAGUUGGUACGUAUUUGGGAAGGAGGGGGCGACAGCCUCGACUAGCAGCUCAACAUCUCCGCUUCAGCUGCCGCUGAUUCCCGCAUUUGACGGCGGCUCGCUGUCUUCAGUACAACAAGAUCAUGAAAGAAAUAUUAAAACCAGCAGGAAUAAAAACAACAGCAAAGAUAGAUCCCCGAGGACGGUGUGCCAGAAACAACUUUCGCAGUACGGCGACGCGCAGAUCCGGCGGAAGGCGUGGAAGCACUUCGAGGCGAUUCGGCACCCGGAAGAGAUCAUUUUGAAGUACGGGGAGAACGAGAAAGGGGUGAUAAGCUCUUCCUCCUCCUCUAACCCAUCGCGGUCAAGAACCACGACUACGAAAGGACCUCGCGGUCACUAUGCCAGCAGUGGUCGGGACGAUGACGAUAGAGAUGAACGAUCUUAUCGAGGCAGGAAAACGAAGACCCGCAGCCGCAGCCGCACGCGGAGGGGUAGAAGUUCCAAGCGAGAAGGUGUAGAUGAUGGAAAAGAUCGCCGAAAUAAAAAUUUGAUGUCCAACCACAACGAGCGGCGUGACAUGUCCUACGACGACCGUAUUAGCUUGCUGAAGAAGCUUUUUCCAAAAAGCAGCGUGCCGCGGCUGGAUAAAAUGGUGAAGUCCUGGAAUUACGACGAUAACCAGUCGCGGCGGACGAUCGGCAUCCCCCACAUUCACAUCUACUUGAACUACGGCGAGUUAGACAUGUACAACUGCAAUGCGGCGUCGAAAGAGGGUGGAUACGCGACGAAUUAUAAUGCGGAUAGUCAGAAACAGAAUCUGCUACAGGGACGACAAGAAGGGAACAAAGAAAACCGCAUCGAAAACAAAGAUAAUUUCCUCUACCCCGGCCAAGAGCUGCUCGAUAUUCUUCUGCAUGAAACCGAAAAGUGCGAAGAGAAAGACCGGCGGGAAAAACGACCCCUAGACGACCAGGAUGUGUUCGAAAUCGAAGAGCAAAGGGCGCUGGACGAGGAACGCGAAGAACGCGACAAUUACAGCGACGGGGGGAGGAGAAGUUUCGAUGAUAGAUAUGGAGAGCACUCCAAGUAGAAAGAGGACAUUGCGGAGGUCUCGCAGAAGAAGAAGACUUCUCUGUUGCAAUGCGAGUCGUGCGGAAUGAAUCAUUCGGAGAAGAAAGUAGCUAUAGCAUCUUGUUUUUAGUGUGCUGGUUUUUGUGAUUAUUUUGGGAUGAUUUUCUGCCACGUGCCGAAGAACAGAAAUAACGUACUCUUUUCAGAAUAAAUCGACCUAAUUAUAUCGAUAUCAUCUCUGUCAUCAUUUACAAAACAGGUUCGACUGUCAGAUCAGCAUGGUCUUCGUGUGCUGCUGCAACGAGGAAGGAUGGGAGGAUCGAUUGAAGACGGACGACAAAUUUUGCCGUCGUACGUGUACUUACAUCGCAAAGACCACCUCCACGAGGACGAGGUGACUACAACAGUUUUCGACCCCACCACGCUCCGGCCAUACCAUAGGCAUAUAUGGAGAGAGAAUCGGCUGCGCCGUUUUUCUGGGCAGCGGCGCGGGUUCUUCAUUUUCAAUAAAAGCGAAAAUGGGUCGGGUCCGAGGCUGUUUAGAAGUGGGACAAUUACACAGGAGGAAAAAUGGCUGAACGAGAAGAACCAUAGUAGUUCUUGCACGCGACGACCAAAGAAAUUUUUUCAAAAACAGCGACAAUUUCAUACUUACAAAGUACUCUUACAGCGCAAUGAAAAGCCACUUCUUCUUGUUCCGCUAAAGGACCGACCACCCCCGCGGGCUUGCUUGCUCAAGGCAGGGGCUGGAGGAUAUUCCUGUGCCAC